AUUGGGUUGAUGUUGCCAAUGAACUUUUAAGGAGCUGUCACAUAAACCUGCACAUCAAGCAUCUCUCAGAAUGUGGUGCUGAUGUGUUUGUUCGCCUUUAUGAGUCAGUCUUGGGAGAGAAAGUACCAGAUUUCAUAGCUACUCCUAGGAGCCAAGAGGAUGAUGCACAUAAUGUCCAAGCAGUAAUAGACUCUCUGGCACUGGACUAUUUGCAGGUCAGCUUGUCUCACAUCACAGGUGAGAAUAUUGUGAAAGGAGAAAGAGAAUCUAUCAAAAACCUCCUGGAAAUAUUUGAUGGUUUGUUGGAGUAUCUUACAGAAGAAGCCAGUGAAUCCUCUCAGAAUGGAGCUGAGGCAAAUGUGCUGCCCAAGAUUGAAAUUCAGACUGUGCCCCAAGAGCAGCUGGAAAGCAAUGCUGGUCAGCCCACACAGCCUGCAAUGUUCUCAGCAGCUGCAGGGAGAAAAUAUUCUGACUGGGACCUAACUUGUGAUGCAGAUGGCUCAGAAUCUACCAGUGAGUUAAUUAGACUUGGAGACACUGCUCAUUCCUUUUCCAGGAGAGAGGGAGAAUUUCAGUUGCCUGAACUGUUACCAGCAGAAAAGGAUGACAGGGUGGAAGAGUCUAAAAGCUCAGAGGCUAUAACAACAGUGCCCAGAGAGUUCUGUGGGACUGGACAGGUGGCUGUAAAGGGAAAGGAAGAUGGAUCGAUGGAGUCUGUUCCUGCUGCUGAGCCUCAGGCAGAGGGUUUGGGUGUCUGUGCCACAAAGCUGGGGGAGCCAAUCCAGCAAGCUGUUCCCUUGCUGCCCCCGUUCCAGCCUGCUGGGGCCAGACCUCACCGCCCUGCAGGGAGAGUUCAGCCCAGCUCAGCCAGCCUGGCAGCAGCUUUGGCUGGCAGUCACCGAGUGGAAAUUCCUACUCUUGAAAAGCCACUUACCCAGAAGCCUGAAGGUGUUUCUGGUAGUCUUCCUCUGUCAAGAAAGAUCCCUGUGGGAGACAAGGUGGGACCAAAUGAUGCCAAGGACAAUGUGACAAAGGUUCCCCUGCUGUAUGAGCCUUCUACAUCUGCUUCCUCCUCACGUGAACAACUCUCACUACAUGCCAAACAAGCAACACAAACUCCAAGACCUGACUCCAGGUACCUGCCUAGAAAGACAAGAUAUGAAAAUUCUACCACAGCUUCCCUUGAAGCUCCACUUUGCCACAGAACAACAGAAAUGCUUCCUGAGCAAGAGCUUCAUGAAGUGUCAGGAAAGCUGUCUCACAGGCUGAAGGAGCUAGAUCUGCUGCUGAGGAGAGCGUUGGGUGAGCACAGCAGGGAACAGGAGCUGCCAGAGGAAGACACUCUGUCUCAGCACAGUGACAGUGUCACGCACCUUCGCCGCAGGACAGCUCAGAGAGACAUGUCACAUCUGAGGUGUCCAGGCAGGCCACGAUCCCUUUCUCCACCCUCACCCUCAUCUCAGCAUCAGGAAGAUAAACCCUGUGGUAGUGGAACAGGCCAGAUAAGGACAACUCGCAGCCAGUUGCAAAAGGAAAGGGAUGAAAGAACAAGAGAAACAAAGAUGGUCACUAAAUCUUAUGAAGAUGCACUAAGAAUUUAUGAAGCUAGGGAGAGGCUUAGGCUCUCCAAGCUCAGAGAAGUCAUCAGGGAAACGGAACAAGAAUACAAAGAAAACGUCUUUAAAGAACCUCCAAAAAAGCCUCAGCCAGUGAAAGUUUAUUCUAGAAAAACCACACCUUGGAAUCCCAAACACAGCCAGUGGAUUCCAAAACGAGGGACUGUGAAGCCAAAGAAAGCAGCUCCAAUGAAAGUGAGAGACAAUGACCUCCUCAUGCAGCUACUGGAAGAGUUUCCCCACCUGCACAUUUCCCACCGUGCUCUGAAUAAAAUGUGGCAGCAGCAACUUGCACACACUGAACAGCUUAAGGCAGCUGCUGGCAGAGCUAGACCAACACUGCAAAAUGAGGUUCAACAAGCCUUGAAGAAGCAUGAGCUGCUUGCUGCCAUAAUUAAAAAAGAUCAAGACCGUAACAAGAGACUGCAGGAGUUCCAGCAGCGCAUCCAGCGCCAGAGGUGGGCUCAGAGCAGGCUGAGGGAGAAGCAGCAGCAGAUUGCUCGAGCCAAGAGGUACUACGAGGAUUACAGAGUUCAGCUGCGCGCGAAGCUGCUGAGGGCACGGACACGGGAGGAGAGGAUAUUUAAAAACUUAUUUGAAGAAGGCUUAGAAAUUCAGAAGCAAAGACUGAAGGACAUGAGAGCAUAUGCCCAAGAGAAACGUGAUGAGCAACGGAGAGAGCACCAGAACGAGCUGGAAUCCCUGGAGAACUACUACAAGGAUCAGUUUUCCAUGCUAGCAGAAGCUUUAGCUCAAGAAUUCCAAGAAAUCCAAACCAGGGAGAAAGCACAGGCUCAAAUGCUCCAGAAAUCCAAGAGAGAGCUGAGAUCCAAGAUGGAAAAGGAAAUCCAGCAGCUGCAGGCAGCAAUCAUGCAGAGUGCUGAUGACACCUUUUUUCAGGAGCUAGAAGCAGACAGACUGAGAUCUAGGCUUCAGAUGGCUUCCUUCCAGUACAGCCAGAGCCCUUUCUGUUAG